AGCCCCUCCUGGGUGCCCACCGCUGUCACCAUCCCUGCGGAGCUCACCCCGCCCAGCCAGCUGGUAUUUGAGGGGAUGAGAGGCAGCACGGCCUACCUGGACAUCUCCCUGGACGCUCUCUCCAUCCGGCGCGGCACCUGCAAUCGGGUCUGCGUGAUGCAAACGUGCAGCUUCGACAUCCCAGAUGACCUCUGUGGCUGGAGCUGGGUCCCCACUGCAUCUGGCGCCAAGUGGAGCCAGUGGAAGGGACCCUCGGGGCAGCCUGGUGUGGGACCACAGGACGACUUCUCCAGCCCUGGUAGUGGCUUCUACAUGCUCCUGGACCCCAAGAAUGCCAAGCCAGGGCAGAGAUCAGUCCUCCUGAGCCCACCGAGCCACUCCACUGGCUGUCUGACACUGUCUUUCCACUACACCCUGUGGGGCCGGGCUCCAGGCGCAGCCCUCCUGGUCUACGGCUCAGUCUCAGGCAGCAUCCGGAAAUACAUGCUCUUCUCAGGACAACCCGGCCCUAACUGGCAGCCUGUUUCUGUCAAUUACACAGGACAGGGACAGAUAGAGUUCAGUGUGGUGGGCGUGCUCGGAGAGACUCCAGAGCCAGCAGUGGCAGUGGAUGAAAUCAACAUUGCUCCCUGUGGGGAGAGCUUUCCCCAGUGCGACUUUGAGGACAGCACGCAUCCCUUCUGUGACUGGACCCAAGCAUCGGGAGACAGUGGCCAGUGGUCCCGGGGAAGCGAAAACAUGUCCACCCAUGUUGUAGGCCCCUUUGGAGAGACCCUGUAUGGAGGCAAGCACUAUGUCUACCUAGAGGCGGACAGGUCCUCCCAGGAGGGACAGUCCGCGAGGCUGGUGAGCCGGCCCUUCUGCGCCCCGGGCAACGUCUGUGUGGAGUUCUCCUACCACAUGUACGGGCUGGGAGACGGCACUGCGCUCAGGCUUCUGCUGGGGAGCCCUGCGGGCAGCACCCCCACCCCACUGUGGGAGCGCAUUGGGUCUCAGAAGCCCAGCUGGCUGAACACCUCUGUCACCGUCCCUUCAGGACACCAGCAGCCCAUGCAGCUGAUUUUGGAGGCCAUCCGGGGGAGCAAUGUCGCCUUUGUGGUCGCUGUGGGCUUCGUCUUGAUCAGUCAGGGGACUUGUCGAGCACCAGUGCCAACAACAGUGCCUCCUACCACCUUCCGCAUAGAAGAGUCAGUAGUCUCUAUAGAAAAACCUACAGUCCCCAUAGAAGGACCCACUGUACCUGCUGAGAAACCCGCUGUCCCUGUAGAAAAAACUACUGUCUCACCCAAAGAUACCACACUCCACCUGGAAGAGACCACUAUUACUGCUGCCAAGAUCACUGCCUCCAGAGAAAAACCUACUGUCCCCACAGAAGGACCUACCAUCCCCACCAAAGAACCUGCUGUCCCCACACAAAAUCCCACCUCCCUUACUGAAAAGACCACGAUCCUCACUGAGGAAAACACUGCCCCCACAGAAAAAUCUGCCAUCCUCACUGGAGAGACCACGACCCCCAUCAAAGAGUCCCUCAUCUCCACAGAAAAACCCAUUGCCCCCACUGAAAAGCCCGAAGCCUGUCCUCCCUCUUGCCCUAGCUCCACUGUCUUGCCCACUGGGCCAAAAGCCAUGGCGGUGCCUCUGGAAACACCAAGUGCCUCCAUGGCCAACAUCGUGCCCAGCACAACUACAAACCCACCCCUCACCACAGUGAGCUGCCCCUCAAAUGCCCACUACGAACCCUGUGCGUGCCCGGCGUCCUGUGAGAGCCCCAAGCCCAGUUGCGGACUGUUCUGCCAGCCGGGCUGCAUCUGCAAUCCUGGCUUCCUGCUCAGUGGCAGCCAGUGCAUCAAUGCCUCAUCCUGUAACUGCAUCUACGGCAACAAGAGCUAUAAGCCCGGGGAGAAAUGGUUCAGCCCCAACUGUACAGAGCACUGUAGCUGCCAGCCAGGCGGCCGGAUGGAGUGCCAGCUCUCUCAGUGCGGGACACACACCGUGUGCCAGCUACAGAAUGACCAGUACGGAUGCCACCCAUACGGCACUGCCACCUGCAUGGUGUAUGGAGACCCUCAUUACGUCACCUUUGAUGAGAGGCACAUUGCCUUCACAGGCAAAUGCACAUACAUCCUGGCCCAACCCUGCCACAAUGCCACAGAACCAUUCUUCAGGGUGACAGCAAAGAAUGAGGAACGAGGACAGGAAGGUGUGUCCUGCCUGAGCAAAGUCUAUGUGACCCUGCCUGAGACCACCAUUACCCUACUUAAAGGUCGAGGUACAAUGGUUGGAGGCCAAAGAGUCACCCUGCCAGCCAUGCCUGCUAAAGGUGUCUUUGUUGGUCCAAGUGGGCGAUUUGUGGAGCUGCAGACUGUGUUUGGUCUGCACGUGAGAUGGGACGGCGAGCAGCAGCUGUUUGUGACAGUGUCCAGUGCUUAUGCUGGCAAACUCUGUGGUUUUUGUGGCAACUAUGAUGGGGACAGCAGCAACGAUAACCUGAAGCCGAAUGGUAACCCAGCACGGGAUGAUGAGGAUCUGGGAAACAGCUGGCAGGUAGCCGCAGAUGAGGACAGGGAGUGCCUGCAAAACCAGGCAGACCUCCAGACCUGUGAUGCUGCCUUGCAGGGCAUGAUAUCGGGGCCCAGGUUCUGCGGCAGCCUAGUGGACUCCAGAGGACCGUUUGAGGCCUGCCUGCUGCACCUGAAGGCCUCUCCCUUCUUUGACAACUGCAUGCUGGACCUGUGCCGCUUCCAAGGGCUCCAGGCUGUGCUGUGUGCCCACCUGUCAGCCAUGACUGCAGCCUGCCAAGAUGCUGGCUACCCUGUGAAGCCCUGGAGGGGAACCCAGUUCUGUCCCCUGGCCUGCCCACGCAAUAGCAGGUACUCCCUGUGCGCUAGUCCAUGUCCAGAGACCUGCUACACAGCCUUCUCUGACAAGCCCUGCCGGCAGCAGUGUGUGGAGGCCUGCCAGUGCAACCCGGGCUUCGUGCUCAGUGGCCUCGAGUGUGUCCCCUGGGCCCAGUGUGGGUGCCUCAGUCCCACAGGGCGCUACUUCAAGCUAGGAGAGCAGUGGUACAAGCGAGGCUGCAAGGAACUCUGUGUCUGUCGAGGGAACAACCACAUUCGCUGCCGGCCCUGGAAGUGUCAGGCCCAGGAGACCUGUGGCCACCAGAAUGGCUUGUAUGGCUGCUAUGCCAGGGGUUCCGCCACCUGCACUGCCUUGGGCGAUCCCCACUACCUGACAUUCGAUGGAGCCCUGCACCACUUCCUGGGCACCUGUACCUACAUCCUGACCCAGCCUUGCUGGCCCAGGUACCAGGAGAACCACUUUGUUGUGAGCGCCACCAAUGAAAUCCGCGGAGGGGACUUGGAAGCCGCCUACGUCAAAGCCGUCCAUGUGAGCAUCUUCAGUCUCAGGAUCUCGCUGAUCAAAGGCCGCAGGGUCAUGCUGAAUGGCCAUCGGGUGGGCCUCCCUGUGUGGCUGUUGCAAGGCCAGGUGGCCAUUAGGCUCAGUGGCUCCUUUAUCCUGCUCUACACGAACUCUGGGCUUCAGGUUCGCUACGACGGGAAGCACCUGGUGGAGGUGACAGUGCCCUCCUCCUAUGCUGGCCAGCUCUGUGGGCUCUGUGGGAACUACAACAACAACAGCAUGGACGACAACCUGCGCCCGGACGGGAAGCCCGCAGGCAGCUCCUCCCAGCUAGGGGCUGCCUGGAGGUCGUCGGAAGGCUCUGAGCCCAGCUGCUUCCUGGGGGGAGCCGAGCCCUCCAGCUGCCUGGAGGAAGAUGACAUAACAGGUACCUGGAGUAACAACUGUGAGAUCUUGAUGAACCCUCUAGGGCCCUUCUCCAAAUGUCAUCAGCUGGUGCCGCCGCAGGCCAGCUUCGCCAGCUGUGUGCAGGGCCAGUGUGGGACCAAGGGUGACAGCCUGGCACUGUGCCGCUCCCUGCAGGCGUAUGCGUCUCUGUGUGCCCUGGCCGGCCAGGCUCCUGCCUGGCGCAACAGUACCUUCUGCCCUCCGAGGUGCCCUCCCAACAGCAGCUACAGCCCCUGUGCCAAGCCCUGCCCGGCCACCUGCCUCAGCCUGAGCACCCCCAAGGACUGCCCGGCCGCGCUGCCUUGUGUGGAGGGCUGUGAGUGCCAGAAAGGCCACCUGCUGAGCGGAACCUCCUGCGUGCCCCUCAGCCAGUGUGGCUGCGUGGAGCCCCAGGGCUUCUACCACCCGGUCGGGGAGAGCUGGUACCCAGAGAGGACCUGCACCUCCCGCUGCACCUGCUUGGUCCACAACAACAUCACCUGUCGCCAGGCUGCCUGCCAGGAGGACCAGGUGUGCUGGCUCCACGAUGGGCUGCUUAGCUGCUGGGCCCCAGAUGCAGGGAUCUGCAGGGCCUCGGGGGAUUCUGAGUACGUGGGCUUCGACGGCAGUAGCCACCUUGUGCAGGACACCUGCCCGCACAUCCUGGUGAAGGUGUGUCACCCCAACAUGGACCUGCUUGUCUUCAAGAUAAGCGCCAAGAGCGAGGGCAGAACAGGGGCUUUUGCCCACCGCCAGGUCUACAUCAACAUUGCUGAUGUCCAGGUCACUCUGCAGGAGGGCCACCGAGUGCUGAUCAAUGGCACACCUGUCACCCUUCCUGCCACCUCCCAGAUCACAGGGCUCAGCAUCACCUCCAGCAGCAGCUACACCAUGGUGCACCUGCAGUCUGGCGUGCAAGUCAAGUUUAAUGGCCGUCAUUUCUUAGAGAUCAAAGUCCCUGUGGCUUAUUAUGGAAAGGUCUGCGGUGUGUGUGGGAACUUCAACGGGGAAAAGGAAGACGAGCUGGUGAUGUCCAGUGAUGAACCAGCCCAGGAUGACCAUGAGUUCAUGGACAGCUGGAAAGACAAGGACACUAAAACAGACUGCCAGGUGGAGGACAAGCGGGCUGAGCCCACCCCGAAUGAAAACUGCAGGCUGGCCGACCUCCAGGUGGCCCAGGGGCGCUGCCAAGCAGCCCUGCAGGCUCCAGCAUGGGCCGAGUGUGCCACUCGUGUGGCCCUCGAGCCCUUCCUGCUGGACUGCGCGGGCAAACUCUGUGAGUUCGGAGGCCUGAACCAGGCACUGUGCGAGGCCCUGCAGGCCUUUGGGGCUGCCUGCCAAAGCCAAGGAGUCAGGGUUCCACUCUGGAGGAACAGCAGCUUCUGCCCUCUGGAGUGCCCGGUUCACAGCAGCUACACCUCCUGCACUCCCUCCUGCCCACCAUCCUGCUGGGACCUGGAUGGCCACUGCGAGGGUGCCAAGGUCCCCUCCACCUGCACUGAGGGCUGCCUCUGUCAGCCCGGCUAUGUGCUAAUCGAGGACAAGUGUGUGCCCAGAAGUCAGUGUGGCUGCAAGGACACCCAAGGUGGCUUCAUCCCUGCGGGCAAGACCUGGAUCUCCAGGGGCUGCACCCAGAGCUGCACCUGCUCUGAUGGAACCAUUCAGUGCCGGGCCUUCCACUGUCCUCCUGGGUCCCACUGCCAGGACAACGAGGAUGGGAACAGCAACUGUGCCCCCAAUAGGUCCCGACACUGCUCCAUCUUUGGGGACCCGCAUUACCGCACAUUUGACAGCCGCAGCUACCGCUUCCAGGGCCGCAUGACCUACAUCCUGGUAAAGACAGUGGACAUGCUCCCGGAUGGCAUGCAGCACCUUGUCGUGGAGGGGCGCAACAAGAUGUACUCACCUGUGAGCUCCAUCCUCCUGCACGAAGUGAUCACCAUUGUCUAUGGCUACAAAGUUCAGUUCCAGAAGGAUCUGGUGCUUCUGGUUAACAGCCAGAAGAUGGCUGUGCCCUACAGGCCCAACGAGCACCUGAGGGUCACCCUGCGAGGCCAGCGGCUAUAUCUGAUCACAGACUUUGAGCUGGUGGUCAGCUUUGAUGGAAGGAGCAGCACAGUGAUCUCUCUGCCCAGCAUGUACCAGAAGUUGGUGCGUGGCCUGUGCGGGGACUAUGAUGGGGACCGCAGGAACGACUUCAUGCUGCCCAGUGGAGCGCUGACCCAUAGCAUCAGUGUCUUUGGCAAAAGCUGGGAGGUGAAGAGCCAGGACGGCCUCCUCCGCUUCCGGAGGGCCCUCCAGGAAGAGCAGGAAGAGGACAAAGAGGACGACUCAGACUCUCAGGCAGGGUCCCUGUGCAGCCCACAGCAGCUGGCACUCAUCAAUGGCACCCAGGCCUGCGGGGUGCUGGGGCACUCCCAGGGCCCCUUUGCUGCUUGUCACUACACUGUGGCCCCAGAGCCCUUCCAGGAGCACUGUGUGGUGGAUCUGUGCUCCACUCGGGACCCUGAAGAACAAGAGGAGCUCCGAUGCCAGGUCCUCAGUGGGUACGCCAUUCUCUGCCAGGAGACAGGGGCCAGCUUGGCUGACUGGCGGGAGCACACCCGCUGCGCCAUGGCAUGUCCAGCCAAUACCAUAUAUCAGAGCUGCAUGACACCCUGCCCAGUGACCUGUGCCAACCUGGCGGCCCCUGGAGAAUGUGAGGGCCCCUGCGUGGAGGGCUGUGCCAGCCUCCCAGGCUAUGCCUACAGCAGCACCCAGAGCCUCCCCCUGGCCAACUGUGGCUGCACCACCAACGGUGUCUACUACCAGCUGGGAGACAGCUUCGUGGCUGAGGACUGCUCUCUGCACUGCACCUGCACCCACUCACAGGCCCUGCUGUGUAAGCCCUUCAGCUGCAGUGCCGGGGAGAUCUGCACUCUGGCCAACCUCACUUGGGGCUGCUUCCGGGAAAGUCCUUGUCUGCAGAACCCAUGUCAGAAUGACGGUCGGUGUCAGGAGCAGGGAUCCAGCUUCACCUGCGAGUGUGAACUUGGCUACGGGGGAGACCUCUGCACAGAGCCUCACGAUGUCCCGCUCACCAGAGAGAAAGAAACACCCAACUUGGUGACCAUCCUGCUGAGCAUGCUCAUGGCUGUCGCAGUCCUAGUGCAUGUGCUGAGCAGAAAGUGUGUCAGCAGGAGCAGGAAGAGGAGGAGAAGAGGGAAGAGGAGAGAGAAAACGCAGGGCCAGACAGAGCCUGGAGCGCAGCUGCUGACCCCAGGCAUUGUUCUGGAGCCUACCUGCAAAGUCACAGUUCUGAGUUGCCCUCCAACAAGGAGAUAAAAAAAAAAAGCUGUUAUU